CAGAAGAUCAUCCUUGGUCGUCCUGGUGAUCGCUCGGGGCACCCAAAACAGAAGUCGAACAAUCAAUCAAAUCAAUCUGUACAAUUGUCAAAACUGAAGUAUAAUUUCAAAACCCCCUCGAAAUUUAACGGCUAAAUCCUACUCUUUUCAUUCUCGUUUCCUUCGCGAUUCGAAACCCUAAGUUCAGCCUUCUUUUGGCCAAUUCACAAUCUGAUUUCAUAUAUAUCUGUAAAAGAAAGCAGCCAGCGGUAGUCAUACCAAAUUCCUUUCUAAGAUUUUGUUAACCUACUAUCAAAAAGAUGUCGGUUGAUUUGGUUUUGAAGCCGUCGUGCUUUGGUUGCCAGUCCACGGCGGAACUGUACGGCAGCGCCUGCAAGCACUUGACCCUUUGCGUCACUUGUGGGAAGACCAUGGCCGAGAACCGAAUCAAUUGUAAGGAUUGCGGUGCCCCCAUCACUCGCUUGAUCCGAGUAUGCCUUCUCAUUCCUUUUUACCCUCCUCCCUUUGUUCCCGUUCCUUUCUUCAGUUUGGAACUUACCUGAUUUUCUUUAAUAUUUCCCAAUUCAGUUUGUUCACAUUCCUUUUCACGUUCCUGAUUUUCUGUACAGAAGUGACUAAACCGCCUUAAUCUAAUUACGAACUGACUGUACAGUUGUUGACUAAAUAUUUUGGACCAUAAGCCGAAAUGGAGAUUAUCUUUUAUGUGGGUUGGAAGUUGUACAUUAGUGAGAUUUUGCAGUGAUGCAUGCAUUUUGCGUUAAUAAAUGAAAAGUAGAUUUCAUUUGUCCGACUCUGAAGAAUAUUACAUUACAAAUACGAAUAUAACGUCCGGGCAGCUUCGACUAGUGAUAAGAACUAUUUCAUCGGACGAUUUGUAACAGGUUUACCCAAUUUUUCCAAGAAGAAGAGUGAGAAUAAAUGGUCUUUGCAGAAAGAAGGCUUGCAGGGACGCCAAAUUACGGAUACUUUGCGGGAAAAGUUCAAGAAUAAACCUUGGUUACUGGAGGAUGAAACAGGCACUCAGUAUCAUGGUCAGUUAGAGGGUGCACAAUCAGCAACAUAUUAUCUCCUAAUGUUGCAAGGAAGGGAAUUUGUUGCCAUACCUGCAGGCUCAUGGUAUAACUUCAACAAAGUUGCACAAUACAAGCAACUUACUCUUGAGGAGGCAGAAGAAAAGAUGAGAAACCGGAGGAAAACUGCAGAUGGAUAUGAACGAUGGAUGAUGAAAGCUGCAAAUAACGGGGCAGCAGCAUUUGGUGAAGUUGAAAAAAUUGAUGAAAAGGAGGUUGGAUCUGGUAGUGGAAGAGGGGGUCGCAAGAAAAAUGGGGGUGACGAUGAGGAAGCUAAUGCUUCGGAUAGAGGUGAGGAAGAUGAGGACGAAGAAGCUGCAAGAAAAAGUAGGUUGGGGCUCAAUAAGAAAGGUGGUGACGACGAUGAUGACGAAGGUCCCAGAGGUGGUGAUUUUGAUAAUGAUGAUGAUAUUGAAAGGGGUGAUGAUUGGGAGCAUGAAGAAAUCUUCACAGAUGAUGAUGAAGCAACUGCUGUUCAUCCUGAAGAACGUGAAGAUUUGGCCCCCGAAAUACCUGCUCCUCCUGAAAUAAAGAAUGAUGAAGAUGAUGAGGAAGAAGGUGAUGAAGAGGAUGGAGGAGGGCUAAGCAAAUCUGGAAAAGAAUUGAAGAAAUUACUUGGGCGUGCAAAUGGUCUAAAUGAUUCAGAUGCAGAGGAUGAUGAUGACGAUGAUGAUGAUAUGGAUGAUGAUAUGUCUCCUGUGUUAGCUCCAAAGCAUAAGGAAGCCGUCAAAGAAGAGCCAGUUGAGAACAUUACUUCAGCAAAAUCAACUGCCUCUGCAUCCGCCCGGGGAACCCCUCCAACUUCGAAAUCUGCCAAAGGAAAAAGGAAGAUUAACAAUGAGGAUCCAAAAGCAACUAAUGGUGCACCUCUUAAAAAGGUCAAGUCUGAAAAUGAAGUGAAGCCCGUCAAAAGUGAGACUCCUACAAAGAGUACUGCAACUCCAAAAGUCGUACCUCAGCAACCAUCUCCAAAGUCUACUGCAACGCCUUCAACGGGUACUGUCACUGAAGAAGAAAUAAAAGCUGUUCUAUUGCAGACUGGGCUUAUUACGACGCAGGAACUUGUCGCCAAAUUUAAACUUAGACUCAAAACAAAAGAGGACAAGGAUGCUUUUGCAGCUAUAUUACGGAGGAUCUCUAAGAUACAGAAGACUGGUGGGUCGAAUUAUGUGGUUCUGAGGAAGUGAGAAGUGAUUUGCUUCUGGUAAAUUUUUACAAUGUAGGAGGAUAAGAAUGGUUUCACAACUAUAUUUUGGUGAGGAUUUUGAGGUUACGUGAGAAUAGUAAGUUGUACUGAGUGCUUGUUAAGAGAGCCCAUUCUUUAAAAUUCCUUAUGUACAAUAUCUGACUUAUUGAAGGACCUCCUUCUGGUCUGAUGUACAAACUGAGGAAAAAAGUACCUGAAAAAGAGAGCUUUUGGACUGAAAAUCAUAUAAUUAUGAUACUGUUUGCCUCUUUUUCCUAGUUUUGAACUACUUGUUGUCUCCUUAUGGCAACCUCUAGUUCGUGAAACAGGGAAUUGGCUGCUAAGUCUUUGGUAACUGUUGAUGUAGUAACUGUGCAUUGGCCUCUUCCUAUGAGAAUUAAGGUCAGUAUUCAUAGGUGAUAUUGAGAACUCUUGUUGAUAUUUGUAUCUUGUUAACUUGAUUACUAUUCCCCUCCUCGCCAUAAUCAACAAAUGGGACAAAUAGUUUGGGACCGGGGGAGUAAAAAGAGUUGGAGGAUUUGGUUCUUCACAAGGUUUACGCAGGUAUUAUGACAGGAAAUAGAAUUUGCUUCAACUACACCAGCUUACGGUUACAACUUGCACAACAAUAAACAUCCCAGGCAUAAAGCAAGGCUGGACUCUUUUUACGCUAUCAGAGUACUAGACAGCUGAUAAAUCUGGGCUACUCUAUCAAAUAUAUGCCCGGUUACAAAGAUAAAAACUCACUCGAAGCCCAUGUAGAAAACUAAGAAUCCAACAAACACGGCCAAAGGAAGACUAGUACUGGUGAAAUGGGCUGCUCCAGAUGGACUUGUGGGUCCAUCAGCCACAAUGUCAUUUCUGUCAUGUAGGAUGUUUUGUUUUUGUUGAUUCUGGGUGGCAAAACCUGCUUGAGGCUGGACGUUGACUGGUAGCUUCAACCCAUUCUUACAGCUCUCCAAGUUGGAACUGGUGAAGAACCUAGUACCUUGAGUAUCAAGGGAUACCUUGUCCAAUCCUUUGGUGUACAUCUUGAUUGGAUUUGUCAGAUCACAUGUCAUGAACUCUUCCUGUGUUUUCACCUCCAUUACGCUCUCUGAUGCUGAUGAAUAAGCAAACCCUGUAUACGUACGUACAUUAAACUUGUUUAACAGAUUUUCUCUGUGGUAUUGCACCUUAGUAAUUUUAGUAAUAUUAUCUCCUGCAUACCGAAAGAAAUUAGGACUAAUUCGUAAUUCCUCCCUCCCAAAUCCCAAAUGUGGUGUUGAAACAGUGAAUGUUGGGUUUAAGGUGCACUUAAACAGACUCCGUACUAAUAGCUGACUUUGUCCCUCCAAAAAAAAAAUAGUUCACUUUGUCGAAUCUCAAUUUAAGGGAAAAAAAAAAAAAAGACUAAACACUUACAGAGAACGUCACCGAUAAGGAAGACACGGCCAGAAAGCCAAGAAGCGAGAUCUGAGGAAGUAGUCCAUCCCUGAUCAUCUCCCACCACAUGAUGAACUUCUGCUGCUGCCAUUAAUCUUCCUCCGACGAUGUUAAUGGCCAAAGAAACAGCCACCACUACCAUCAUCAUCUUCAGAAUCAUUCCACCAUUAAUUAUAUCCCUAUCCAGCUCCGCCAUUUACCUAACUUGAUUUAAUUUGUCCCCAGAAAAACAAUGGAAUGUAUUUUUAUGUAUAUAUUACGGCAGAAAGAAAAAGUGGAUGGGGUUGGUGGUGGGAACUCGUGCGUGAAAGUACUGGGAACAAGAAAAAAAGAGAUGAAAAUGAAGUGGUAGUGAAGCAAACCAAACUUAGUAUAUAAAUUCUUACGUGAUUGUACUGUGUGAUUACAAUACUACAGUUUUUUAAUACAUACGGGAAUCUGAGAAUAUUAUUAUUGAAAGAAAAAGUACUCUAAAAUAAAAAAUUUUGUAUCCCGAAUAAAGAGUUUUAUCUCAAAA